GCAGUUCAGCGUGCUCAAAGCGGAGGGCUGGACCAGCUCCCAGGUUGCAUGACCGUUUUUAUUUUGGGCACUGGUGUUCCCGCAGCGGCGGAACGGCGCCCACAGCAAAUUAACAGAGAAUGCAGAAGGCUGGUUUGUUGUAGCCUCAACAUAAUCGAGGCAAUUUGUUUCUGGAGCUGCCUGCUGGAUUUUCUCACUAAGGCCGGAUUAAGUGACCAGUUUCAGAGAAAGGAAGGCAAUGCUUUUUGUCAUCUUGAAGUAAACCUCUAGAAGGUUGCUUGAAAUCAGGCUAAGAUGACCAAGACUGAAGAAGUGCCAGACAGCCAUACAUCUGGGGAAUUUUAUGAGAAAUAUGAGCCAAAGGAAAUCCUGGGCAGGGGAGUGAGCAGCGUCGUCCGGCGCUGCAUUCAUAAAGUUACAAGAGAAGAAUAUGCAGUGAAAAUCAUAGAUAUCACGGCUGGGAAUCUGUCUCCGGAAGAAAUCAAGGAGUUGAGGGAUGCCACUCUGAAAGAAAUUGACAUACUCCAGAAGGUGUCCGGACACCCAAACGUUAUCCAGCUGAAGGACAGCUACGAAUCCAACACGUUCUUCUUCCUGGUGUUUGACCUAAUGAAGAGAGGGGAGCUUUUUGAUUACCUCACAGAGAAGGUGACCUUAAGUGAGAAGGAAACCAGGAAGAUCAUGCGUGCUCUCCUGGAAGUCAUUCAGUAUCUCCACAGCAUGAAUAUUGUCCACAGGGAUCUCAAGCCGGAGAACAUCCUUCUGGACGAUGACAUGAAUAUCAAACUGACUGACUUUGGCUUCUCCUGUCAGCUACACAGAGAUGAAAAGCUCAAAGAGAUCUGUGGAACCCCUGGCUACUUGGCUCCUGAAAUACUAGAAUGUUCCAUGGAUCCAGACCAUCCAGGUUAUGGGAAGGAAAUUGACAUGUGGAGCACCGGGGUCAUCAUGUACACCCUGCUGGCAGGAUCCCCUCCAUUCUGGCACCGGAAGCAGAUGCUGAUGCUGAGGAUGAUCAUGAAUGGGGACUACAAGUUCGGCUCCCCCGAGUGGGACGAUCAGUCGGACACCGUCAAGGACCUGAUUGCCCACUUCUUGGUGGUGAAGCCGCAACACCGCUACACCGUGGAAGACGCCCUCGCCCACCCCUUCUUCCAGCAGUAUGUUGUGGAGGAGGUCCGGCACUUCAGCCCCUUCCGGAAAUUCAGGGUCAUCUGCUUGACUGUCCUGGCAUCGGUCCGCAUCUACCUCAACUACCGCAACGUCAAGCCCAUCACCAGGGACGUGCUGCAGCGGGACCCCUACAGCCUGAAGCCUGUCCGCAAACUGAUCGACGCUUGUGCCUUCCGGAUCUACGGGCACUGGGUGAAGAAGGGUGAAGCCCAGAACCGGGCUGCUCUCUUUGAAAACACUCCCAAGGCCGUUCUGAUCAGCUUGGCAGCUGAGGAAGAAUUGUUCUGAGUUCCAGCACACUCGGUGGUCGGGCGAAGCCUCCCAGCAUGUUAACAGCUAAAGCAAAACUUUAUUAUUUACUUAAAAAAAAAACAACAACUCACAUUGCCUUUUCUCCAUGGAGCUCAGCUACAUUUCCUGCUCGCCAUUUUUAUCUUCCUUACAACCCUGUGAGGUAGGCUAGGGUGAGCAAUCUCUAGUGAACUUUAUGGCUGAGCUGGGGUGGAGAUUUGAACCCAAAGUCUUAGUCUGGCAAUCUAACCACUAUACCACAAGCUCUCAUUAUAUAUACUUUCCUUAAUUACACAGUCUGAGAUGCACCAAAAUUAUAACAGUAUAGUAGUGCUCUAGAAACUUGCAGAAUUUUGUCUGGUUUUUCUUCCUGGACUUGGGAGGGGGGCAUUGUUUAAAUUUCUAAGCAGCCCCAUCCUAAGAAUGGCAGACAAAAAUAUGCAAGGUGGUAUAUGCUCAGAAAUUAAAUGCAGACAUCAAAUAUUCCUGCAUUGCAGGGGCCUGGACUCCAUAACCCUUGAGGCCCCUUCCAACUCUACAAUUCUGAUUCUGUUAACAAUUUUGAAGCAGUAAACUCCAGCCAUUGAAGGGUCAUUUCCAUGCAACGUAAAAAGGGGUGCAUGACAGGAAGAAAUUCAACAGACUCUGGAGAAACUCAACAGGUGAAGCAAGCUUCUUUUCACCCCCAGCGUAUGGCUGCUUAAAUGAGGAGGCAAAGAAGCUGCCGUAUGGAAAAGAGGAGCCCCAAGGCCCUUAAACCUCUUAGAAAUAUUGAGUUUGCUGCCCCAAGAAAUAUUUUAAGACUAGACAAAUGCAUGGCGUUUCCCAGGAGCUGUGAGUGGUGAGAGAUACACAUGGAACCUCCAGUGUCAGAGGCUGUAUACCUCAGAAUACCAGAUCAUAGGGCACAAUGGGAUUGGACAGGGGGUGGGGGUUGCCUCUUGCUUUCAAGUUCGGCUUCUCGUGUUCCUGAAGGCGUCUGUGCAGCCAGCGUUGGAAACAAGGACACUGGACCAGGAGGGAGGCCUUUGCACCCUCUGGUUGACCUGCCAUGGACUCCGGAACACAACUGCUGCUUCAUGUCUGUGUUGCGAUGCCCAGUGGCCAAGUGAGUGUCCAGCAAGCCUUCUAAAAGGUGCUGAUGAACUACAACUCCCAUCAGCCCUAGCAAGCACAACCAAUGGUCAGGGCUGAUGGGAGUUGUAGUUGUAGCAACAUCUGGAGGGCUAGAGAUGUCCCCCGCACUUCCUGCUAUAUAUAGCAUCAGCCCAAUAGCUCAGGGGUGUGAAAUAUUUAUUAUGACUAUUUAUUACAGCUGCACACAUGGAAGGGAAUGGAUUGGUUUUCUAGGGAAGGGAUUGAUUUAAGAAUGAAUAAAUGUGCUUUAUUUAUUGGA